AUGAGCAAGCAGUUGAACCCCGAGCCACGAGCUCCGGAAGCAGUCGAGUUGCAUUGGCUGGAUGGUGUUCCUCCGAAUGGCAUGUCGACAGGAACCGCAUUUGGGCUUCCAUGGCCCAGAGGUGCUGCCGACCGAACUACGCCAUUCGCUGCGACGGGGAAGAAUGGGGCGGUACCAAUCCAGACGUGGCCGAUGGCUUACUGGCCAGACGGAAGCUUGAAAUGGACAGGACACGCAGUCGGUUCAGAUUUGUCGAAUGUCGGUACUGGUCUAACAGUAGCUCCUGGGACACCAAAUGAGCCGACCACACCAGUGUCUGUCACGACUGGUGGCGAUGGGGUAGUUACAAUGUCAACUGGAGAAUUUUCAGUCGGUUUUCUGCCUGCAGGAGGCACAACCAUCAUCUCCUCGCUUGGGUUUUCAGGGAGCCAACUCGCACAAAAUGCACAGCUCGUUGUACACGUCCAAAACGCGCCAGAUGCUGACUUCUCAGCCGCGUCUCCGUCAGCAGCGAAUGGGACAAUCGUCCAACCUGCUUCUAUCCAACGUAUGCUAGGACGGGUGGAGAACAUCGUCAUUGAACAGUCGGAGCCAGUUCGUGGGGUGAUCAAGAUAACAGGAAAAUACAUAGCUGGAAGCGAAGGACAUGGCGAUUUCUUGCCAUUCACGAUUCGCUUCUACCUGGCAGCUGGUGCUGCAGCCUUGCGUGUCGUCCAUUUCUUCAUCUACGACGGAGACCAACAGAAAGAUUUUAUCAAAGGCUUGGGAUUCCAAUUCUCUACGCCAAUGAGCGAUCUCUUUCACGACAGACAUGUUCGAUUCAUAAAUACGCCGUCCACAUCCUCAACAGAUGCCACUCCUGGAGUCUGGGGUGAAGCCAUCCGCGUCGUGUCGGGCCUCAGACGAGACGCCACGGCAGCUGUCCUCGAUCCACAGUUCAACGGGCAGGCUACACCAGCCGUCAGCACGUGGCCAACCAACGUCUCCAGCGGAUUGGACGCUCUUCCAAUCUGGAGCGACUACUCACUCGACCAACUCAGCUCCGAGCACUUCCAGAUCUCCAAGAGGGCGGACAAAGGCGGCGCAGCAGCUUGGCUUCCCGCGACAGGUCAAGGAACUGGACGACGGGCGGCCGGAGUGGGGUACGUUGGUGGAGCUCGCGGGGGCGGAGUUGUAUUCGCGUUGGCAGAUUUCUGGCAAGGUGCCCCAAGGUCGCUGGAUAUUCGUGGAGCAGGAACCGACGUAGCCACGACCACGCUUUGGGCAUACAGUCCGAAAGCACCAGCAAUGGAUAUGCGCCACUAUGAUACGGUUGCGCAUGGCCUGGACUUGACCUACGAAGACGUUGGAAAUCCCGACCCGAACCCUAUCGGAAUUGGACGGUCGUAUGAGCUGACGCUGCAUCUGUUCGGUGCUACUCCUUCAAGACAAACUUUGGCGGACCUGGCAGUUGAAUAUACGAAGGUGCCACAGUUAGUCUGUACGCCUGAAUUCUACGCGUCACAGAAACUUUUCGGCGGUCGAUGGAACGUUCCGAACACAUCAAACGCCGACGCCGCGACGAUUGAAAAGAGGAAGAGUGACCUCCUUGAUUUCUACAUCGCGGAAGUUGAUCAGCGCCAAUUCUACGGGUUCUGGAACUACGGAGAUGUCAUGCACACCUAUGACCAGACUCGUCAUAAUUGGAGAUACGAUGUCGGUGGGUAUGCCUGGGAUAACGGCGAGUUAUCCACGGACCUAUGGCUGUGGAUGUCAUUCCUACGCACAGGACGCGCAGAUGUCUUCCGGAUGGCCCAUGCGAUGACGCGGCAUCUAUCCGAAGUCGACUUCCACCACACAGGGCCAUUCGCAGGCCUAGGAGGUCGACACAACGUCUCGCAUUGGGGCGACGGAGCGAAGGAAGCCCGAGUUGCAGCAAGCACACUGAAGAGGCCGUUCUAUUACCUUACAACUGACGAAUUGGUCGGAGAUUUGAUGGAUAACUCACUGCAGGCUGACCAAACGAUCAUGACAUGGGAGCCAUUACGGAAAGUAUUCCCACCACCGCCUCCUGAAGGUCCUGGGCGCCUGAGGAUUGGUCCAGAUUGGACAGCCUUGGCCGGUAACUGGUUUACGAAAUGGGAACGGACAAACGAUACAAAAUGGAGAGAUCGAAUAACGACGGGCAUGCGAGAUAUCGCUGGAUUCAAAUACGGCCUCUUCACUGGCAACGGUGCUGCAGUCGGAUGGAACGCCGACACAGCACAUCUUGUCGAUGAAGGCGGAGAAGGCCAAGGAUCAUAUCACCUUACUAUGAUAUUUGGCGGUGGAGAGUUCCUAAUGGAGGCCAUGGAUGUCAUCACCGACGAGCCUGAGUUCGACGCUGCUUGGAUCGAUUUCUGCCGACUCUACAACGGGUCAAAUGCAGAGAAAAUAGAGCGAUAUGGAAAGUCGUUCGGAAGCGGGGGGUUCAACAAUUGGUACGCGAAACUUCAGGCGUACGCUGGAGAUCGACUUCAAAAUUCGGCACUUAAAGAGGCAGCCUGGAAUGUGAUUAUCAGGAAUACUGGUGGCGUUUGGGCACCUGUAAGAACUAUCGGGGGAACCGAUGUCCUAAUUCCAGUUCAAGAGAUCCCUGACCUCGGAACGAACGACGCAGCCCAACUUUCUCUCUCAGAAUAUGCCGUCCUCGCGCUCGCACCGCCGCAAGCCGUUCUGAACAAUGCGGUAGACAAGGAUUCCUGGGAUGGAUCAACCAUCGCCUCAACAUCUGUUGAAGGAACGAAAUUCAUGCCAAGGAGGAAAGGCUGGAGAUCUCUGUUGUGUUUUCAGUAA